AUGGGCGCUAUCUCAUCUACCAUCCAAUCCCUCCCCCCACUGGGGGAUUUCAUCCGGCUCACGCCAGAUGCUUACAGGGUAGCUCUCAACAUCUUCCAAUACUUUCCACUGUUCACAACCCUCGAAUGGCUCACCCCCUACUACCCCGCCGGCAAAAGCUCCCUCCCAAAAGCCACCCUCAACAUCCCCGGCCGCCUCGGCUGGAUGCUAAUGGAGCUGAUCGGCCCCCUCAACCUGCUUUACAUACUACGCACACAAUGCUCCAACCUCGGAAUCGACUCUCUGCCCCUCCCCAACAAACUCGUCGUCGCGCUUUACCUCAUCCACUACGUGAACCGCGCGAUCGUGUCGCCCUUGAUGGCGCCCAGCGUGUCGCCUACGCAUGUGUUUAUCGUGGCGUCGGCUGUUUGCUUCAAUUGGUUGAAUUCGACUUGUUUGGCGGGGUGGGUGCUUGGGUAUGAGGUUUUGUGGGAGGGGUUUGAGGAUCUGGCUUCUUCGGGUGCUGCCGUGUCGGCUGGGAAUGGGAAUUCGACGGCGGUGUGGGUUACGUCUCUGCUGGGGACGCUGGUGUUUGCGCUGGGUAUGGCGGGGAAUAUUUAUUCGGAGAGGACGCUUUUCCGUCUGCGUCGGGAGGAAGUCGCCAAACGUUCUUCCUCCUCAUCUUCAUCUACCUCCUCCUCAGCCCCCACCGAAGAGAAAACCACCUCUACACCCAAAGACACCACCAACAAGGAGUCAAAGAAUAAAUACUCCAAAGUCUACGUCAUCCCCCCGCCCAAAGGCCCCUUCACCUCAAUUCUCUACCCGCACUACGUCUUCGAAUGGGCCGAAUGGUUCGGUUUCGCUCUCGCCGGCACAGCAAUCCAGCCACUUCUCAUUCCCUCCUUGCUCGCAGGUAUCGGGUCCAAGACGGCUGUCACGGCUGUGUCGCCGCUGCGCCUGGCCCCGUGGUUUGUGCCGGCUGCGAAGGUGGCUGGUGCGCUUGGUGUGCCGUUGCCGCUGGCGGGGUUGGCGUUUGCUGUGAAUACGGUGGCGAAUCUGUUGCCGCAUGCGAGGUGGGGACGGAAGUGGUAUGUUGGGAGGUUUGGGGAGGAGGGGGUUAAGGGGAGGGGGGCGGUGGUGCCUUGGUGUCCGUGGCUCUAG